UGGAAACAGUCGUCGAGAAAGGUGGUAAACGCGUCAGGAAAACCAAAACUGUGGUCAAGGAUGAGGUAAUUGCUACCGACGAAGUAACCGAGGAGGACAAACCUACUAUUGAGGAAGUCGAGGAUACUCCGGUUGAAGAAGUUCCAACUGAUCAGCAAAGAAAACCUUCAGUACCAUGGCGAGAAGAGACUGUUACUCUUAAAAAAACUAAAACUGAGAAGAAGCCGAUUUCCAAAGAGUCCGUUGAAGAGGUGUUACUUAAGCCAUUUAAGAAACCGAAAGUAGAUGAUACUCCGGUUAUUGAAGAAUUAGCAGACGUCCCUGCUUUUGACGACCAACCUGUUAUUAAAAUUCGAUUUAUGAAGCACGGUGAUUUGUUGAAGGAAGAUCGUCUUAAAAAGCCUGAUGCAAUUGUUUGUGCUCAAAAAGUAAUACCAGGUCCUAAAGAAAAGAAGACGAUUAAGAAGAAACAUGUUCAAUUGAAUGAAGAUAUGAACCAAGAAAAGGAAUUUUCUCCUGACGAUGAAGUUAGUGCUCUGAACGAUGAAGAGGUUAUUGCACUUUCUCCAAAAGUAUUGGACUCUAAGGAAAUUAAGGGAAUAAUGAAACCAAGAGAUGAUAGUUUGGCAGAUUUUGAUGUCAUUCUUAAAGGUGAGGAGUUACCACAAGAUGGCUUAGCAAAGCCUAAAAAUUUAACGGAACAGAAAGUUCCCGUGAAACUUCUUAAUGAGAAAUUAGAACUUCCCUGGAGAAAAGGUCGUAAAGAUAUCGAUAGUGACGUUAUUGAUACUGACUUUAUUGAGAACUCUGAAAGUCCUGUUCUUAAGAAAGAACAGAAUUCUGAAAGUCCUGUUCUUAAAAAAGAACAAUUGAAGGUUGUUGAACAGAAACCACAACAACCAAAGUCGUUGGAUGUAAAUAAACCGUUAUUUGCUACCAUUCAACUUAAAAAAGCAUCACCUAAAAAAAAUAAAGAAAUUGAGCCUUUGGCUGUCCCUAAAGUUCUUCUGAAGUCUCAUUUAUAUAGAAUCGAUUUUAAUACUAACGAGCAUUUCCCAACUAUUUCGUUGUUAGAACCAAUUUACGUUGACAAUGGAGUUCUGUCUAGGAAUUACGCUGAAGCUAUGAAAAUAAAGAAAACUAAACCCAAGAAAUUUGUACUCCCUGAACUUGAACCUGUUGUUCUUGAGAAGUAUGAACCAACUGAUUUUCAUCAUGACAAAAAGGAAGCACCUGAGAGAAAACCAUCUUUAACGAAACAAUCAGUUGAUAAAAAGAUUCCAGAUGAAGAAACCCCAAAGAAGUUAAUAAUUGGAAAAGGAAAAAUACCUACUCAGAAUGAUGAUCAAGAGAAAGUUGUAUUAAAAAAAGUACCCAAAAAACCAGCAGAUGACGAAGUGGAAAUGCCGAAGACGAUUGAGAAACCUAAAUUUAAACCUGAACCAGAUUCAAAACCAUCUGAAGACACAGAUUUUACAUUAGAACCAUUCAAACCGAUAGCAGUGGGUGAGAGUGCUGAAGAGUCUGAGCCGACGCCGGUCGAUAGUGCAAGUUUACCUAAUGUAGAAUUACCAAUUAAAAAACCGAAAUAUAUCAGAAAAAAAUCAAAGAAAGAAGAAGAGCCUAUUCCUGAUAAAAAAAUAUUACCUGGAACACCAAGGCCUGUCCCAACGGAUGAAGAAAAAGAUAUUAAUCUCAAGUAUAAACAAGGGAUACCAGAACCCGAUGUUCCAUCAGAAAUAAAAUUAAGACCUUUUGUACUUGAAAAACCAAUCGAUGUAAAGGAACCUGAAGACCUUAAUUUAGGGAAGCCUGAUAUAUUUGAUUAUCCUAGAGGAGAAGACGAACUGAAGCCGAAAGACUUUAAGUAUAAACCUGAGAAAAAAGUGAAUAAGAAAAAACCUAGGAAAACUGAUGAUAUGCAAAUUCCAACUGGUGACAAUGAUGAUAGUAAAAUUGAACCAUUUUCUAUUGUUAAAGAAAGUCCUGUACUUGAAGAAAUGGUUUCUAUUGAUGUAAAGCCCAUUAAAGUUGUCGAAGUUGCGUUAGACAACAAUAAGCCAUUGUUAGCCACUAUCAAACUUAAGAAAGCACCUAUUAAGUCGAAGAUUGAUGAUGACCAUGUAAAAAUCCCUAAAGUUCUAUUGAAGUCGCAUAUUAAUAAUAUUGAAUAUAAUACACAUGAAUAUUUUCCUACUAUUUCACUUUUAGAACCUAUUUAUGUAGACAAUGGAGUUCUGUCUAGGAAUUACGCUGAAGCUAUGAAAAUAAAGAAAACUAAACCCAAGAAAUUUGUACUCCCUGAACUUGAACCUGUUGUUCUUGAGAAGUAUGAACCAACUGAUUUUCAUCAUGACAAAAAGGAAGCACCUGAGAGAAAACCAUCUUUAACGAAACAAUCAGUUGAUAAAAAGAUUCCAGAUGAAGAAACCCCAAAGAAGUUAAUAAUUGGAAAAGGAAAAAUACCUACUCAGAAUGAUGAUCAAGAGAAAGUUGUAUUAAAAAAAGUACCCAAAAAACCAGCAGAUGACGAAGUGGAAAUGCCGAAGACGAUUGAGAAACCUAAAUUUAAACCUGAACCAGAUUCAAAACCAUCUGAAGACACAGAUUUUACAUUAGAACCAUUCAAACCGAUAGCAGUGGGUGAGAGUGCUGAAGAGUCUGAGCCGACGCCGGUCGAUAGUGCAAGUUUACCUAAUGUAGAAUUACCAAUUAAAAAACCGAAAUAUAUCAGAAAAAAAUCAAAGAAAGAAGAAGAGCCUAUUCCUGAUAAAAAAAUAUUACCUGGAACACCAAGGCCUGUCCCAACGGAUGAAGAAAAAGAUAUUAAUCUCAAGUAUAAACAAGGAAUACCAGAACCAGAAUUACCCGAUAAAAUAAAAUUAAAACCAAUUCCCAUAAAAAAACCUUUAGAUAAUAACGACACUGAUGAUGAUGAAUUAGGAAAGCCUAAGCCUUUUGUUAGCGAUUUACCUGUUAUUGACAUACACUCCAAGUCCAAAAAAUUACCUUCCCCAAAAUCUCUAAGCGUUGAUAGCCCUUUGCAGGAUCUUGAAAUCGUAAGUAUAAAAAGAAGUGAAGAGAGCCCUGAAAAGAAAGCAAUAGAGAGUGAAAUUAUAGCACCCUAUUUCAUUGAAAAAGUACAACCAUUAGUAGCGGAACAUGAAAAGCCUACUGCUUUUACGUGCUCUGUGGGGGGAAUCCCUACACCUGAAGUUAAAUGGUACCGGGAUGACCGUGAACUACGAACAACUGAUGUUUACGAAAUAAUUGUAUACGAGAAUACAUCUACAUUGAGGAUUUCUAAGCCUACAGAGGAACAGGCGGGCGUUUAUGUUUGCCAAGCUACAAACGCAGCUGGAAUUUCAACUUGUACUGCACUUCUAGUGGUGUUAGGUAGAAUUUCUGAGUAUUCUGAAGAAAUUGGUGAAGCUCCGACUUUUGUCGAACCUAUUAAACCUAGAAAAGUCAGAGGAAAAAAAUCAAUCGAAUUGAGAUGUAUUGUGAAAGGAAUUCCUAUACCUGAAAUUAUUUGGUGUCGUGAAAAUGAAGAAAUAAUUUCGGACGAUGACGAGUAUAGUACUACUUUUGAUUCUAAAACUGGUGAAGCCAUUUUAACAUUGGUAAAGCCUAUGGACGUUGACCGAUCAACGUAUCUAGCUAGAGCGGUGAAUAUUCACGGAAAAUCUGAAUGCAUGGCACAUAUUACAUUUGAGAAUGAAGAAUACGGAGAAGCGCCCAAGUUUGUGGAACGAUUGAAACCGAAAGUUGUGAAAGCCAACGAAACAACUGAACUCACCUGCUUAGUCAAAGGUGUUCCAUCGCCAUCAGUUGUAUGGUGUCGUGAUGAUGAAGAAAUUAUACCAGAUGAAAGUCAUAUGCUAAUUUACAUCCCUGAAACAGGGGUGUCCAAACUUAUAAUAGUGCAUCCUGAUGAUAUUGAUGAGUCAACGUACACAGUGAACGCAAUAAAUAAAUUUGGAAGAGCUGAGUGUCGAGCGAAUUUGAUAGUUCAAAAAGAUGAACUUGGAGAGGCACCGACAUUCGUACAACCAGUAAAACCAAAAAUCGCCAAAUCAAACGAAAUAACUGAACUUAAAUGUACCGUAAGAGGAACACCGAAUCCGUUAGUAAUUUGGUGUCGUGGCAACGAUGAAAUCAUUCCUGACGAAUGUCACUUGGUCACAUACCACCAGGAAACUGGAGAAUCAAUCUUAACGAUUUUAAACCCGACUGAAAUUGAUGAAACUAUUUAUACCGUGAACGCUGUAAAUAAAUACGGCCAAGCACAAUGUCGGGCGAAUCUAAUUAUUCAAAAAGAUGAAUCGGGUGAAGCACCAAUAUUUGUAGAACCCAUAAAACCGAAAAUCGCUAAAGCUAACGAGUCCACCGAGUUAAAUUGUUUGGUUAGAGGAAUACCUACACCUAAUAUCGUUUGGUUUAGAGGAGAUGUGGAAAUAAUUCCAGACACUACUCAUUCAAUAACAUUUAUACCAGAGACGGGUGAAUCGAAACUAAUUAUUUCAAAGGCCACAGAAGUUGAUCAGAACACAUACACAGUGAAGGCAACCAACAAAUAUGGCCGAGCUCAGUGCCGGGCAAAUGUAAUUAUACAAGAAGAUGUUUUUGGUGUAGCCCCAACCUUUGUUGAGCCUAUAAAGCCCGUACUGGCAAAACCAGACCAAACAACUGUUUUACGGUGUUUGGUGACUGGGAAUCCGAUGCCAACUGUUGUUUGGUGUCGUGGAAAGGACGAAAUUGUCCCUGACGACAUGCAUUCAAUUCAGUUUAUUCCAGAAACUGGAGAAUCCAAAUUAACCAUUGAAAAACCGACAAUAGUUGAUGAAGCUCAUUAUUCGGUAGAAGCAAUAAACAAAUUUGGAAGAGCUAGGUGCCGAGCUAAUUUAGUUUUAGAAAAAUAUGACAUUGGAAUUGCUCCAGCGUUUGUCGUUCCGAUCAAACCUAAAGCUGUCAAGCCAACCGAAACUGUAGAACUGCGUUGCGUAGUUACGGGGACACCAAUGCCAACCAUCGUAUGGUGUCGCGGAGACGAACAAAUCGUGCCAGACGACAGUCAUGUCGUAUCCCAUACACCGGAGACUGGCGAAUCGAAGCUCACGAUCUCUAACGCCACGGAACUGGACGUAAACGAUUACACCGUGAAAGCAGUUAACGACUUUGGAUUGGCACAAUGCAAAGCCAAUCUGAUUAUAGACGAAGUCGUUGAAGAAACAACCAAACCUUUAGAGGAGGCGCCAUCUAUAAUAAAACCUUUGCAGCCUGUUAUAGCCAAAAAAGAUACGUGCGUGACGUUAGACGUGCAUUUCAGAGGAACUCCUGAGUUAAAAGUCCGGUGGUUCCACAACGGUAAAGACAUAACCGAUAAGAAAACGUUCGUACGCACUUUAACUAUAACGGAGACUACGACCGUGAUAAUUAUAAAGAAGAUCACCAAGAAGACCACUGGACGUUAUGAAGUUGUGGUCACUAAUAGUCGCGGGGAAGCGAAGACGUCCACUACAGUUUUGAUCGAAGACGAAGAUGAUGUGGAGGAAACGAUCGAGCCAGAUAAGGUAGCGGUUGGAAAAGCACCGUAUUUCGAAACAGAAUUGCAAACCGAAACAAUAUGGGAGGAGGAGGAGGAAGAAGAGGAAACCACUAUACGCCUCGUCGUAAGAGUAAAGGGCACUCCAAAGCCCAAGACCCAUUGGUACGAGAACGGCAUAGAAAUAACGCCCAGCGAAGAGUUCGAAAUUGAAGAACAGGACGAGGGCGUAUCUGUGUUGACGGUCAAGAAAAGGCCAACCGAGAGCGCUCGAGAAAUAACAUGCGAGGCCACGAACGAGUACGGAACGGCCUCAACUAGGACUUUAAUAAUCCCAGGUAUCAAAGGGACGAAAGCCUACAGGAAACCUUCAUGGGUGACCCAGAUGGAAGAGUUGCGGGAACAAUUACAAGGUAAAUGCACCGCUGAUAGUUUAGACGCUUGUUGUGUGUACAGUCCCGAAACCCGGCCCGAUGAAAACUACGGAGACGAUACGGUUGUCCGAUAUGGUACGUACUUUGCCGAUUACGACGUCAACAGCGCGUUCUAUUUGAGCCCCAUACAAGAGCACAGCGAACCCACUUCUUCGGAUGGUGGCUCGGAUCGGGUUCGGUCCCUGUCCUGCCAGGAGGUGUCGUCCUCUUCAGCAGCGGCGGAUACAGAGGACCCGACCGGCCGCAGCCAGACUUAUCCGAGGACGCAUGCUGACGAGUCAGUGGCCACGUAUAAUCGCCGCAAGUACACUGGCCACCCGCUGGAGCCCCGUGAAAUUGACCCGGAAAUGUUCUUCCAGCUGCAUACGGCUGAUAGUCAAGAUGAGCUCCAAGAGUUCUUGUUGCUGGAGAGCCAGUGCAUGUCCACUGACGGUGGGCUACACGCAGCGUUUGUUGACGAAAAACCGAGAAAAUAA